GCCUUCAUUAAAGAUCAUUCAAGGUCCGUUCAUAGCCAACCACUACUAGCCUCGUGGAUUGAUUGCCACUAGCUGAACUAACACGUAUGUAGUCGGUGAUCGUUCUGAUUCCUGUACGUGAGCACUGCUAUGAUUCUAAGCAGCGUCUGAAUUAACACCAAUGAAGCUACAUAUGUUCGCAUGAAACUGAAGGCAGCCGAAGAGGCAAAUAUUAGCUGCGAGCUUGUUCACUAUCCGGAAUCGAUCACGGAGGCAGAGCUCUUGGCAAAAUUGCACGUUCUCAACCAAGAUGCCAAGGUUACCGGUAUUCUAGUCCAAUUGCCUCUUCCCAAGCAUAUCAAUGAGUAUGCUGUCACUUCUGCUGUCGCUGAUGAGAAGGAUGUUGAUGGCUUCGGUACUACUAACAUUGGAGAACUUGCUAAGAAGGGUGGCCACCCGUACUUUAUCCCAUGCACGCCCAAGGGUGUAAUGGUGUUGCUAGAGAAUGCUGGUGUCGACCUCAAGGGGAAAGAUGCUGUAGUCCUCGGCCGAAGCGAUAUAGUUGGCAGUCCCGUCAGCUAUCUACUCAAGAAUGCUGACGCCACAGUUACUGUAUGCCACUCCAAGACAAAAGACCUAGAGGAAAAGUUGAAGAAGGCCGACAUCGUUGUUGCUGCUAUAGGGAAACCUAACUUUGUGAAAGGCGAGUGGUUAAAGCCAGGAGCUGUCGUAAUUGACGUCGGAACCAACUACAUUCCCGAUGCUUCUAGAAAAUCAGGGCAGCGUCUUGUCGGUGAUGUUGACUAUGAGUCGGCGUCUCAGGUUGCCUCUCACAUUACUCCUGUACCAGGCGGUGUAGGCCCAAUGACGGUUGCCAUGCUGUUGCAGAAUGUGGUCGACGCCACGACAAUAUACUUUGAGCGCCAGAAGCAGAGGCAUAUUGUCCCACUCCCUCUGAAACUCCAAACUCCAGUGCCCUCGGAUAUCGAAGUUUCCAGGGCUCAAGCGCCAAAACUGAUCACCCGAGUUGCAGAGGAGGUCGGUAUUGCGCCGGACGAGCUAGAACCUUAUGGUGCAACAAAAGCCAAGGUGGAUUUGACUCUGUUGAAGCGACUUGAUCACCGUAAAAAUGGCCGGUAUGUUGUUGUCACUGGUAUCACACCUACUCCUCUAGGCGAAGGCAAAUCUACCACGACGAUGGGCUUAGCCCAAGCCUUGGGUGCUCAUCUUGGUCGACUGACCUUCGCAAAUGUACGCCAACCUAGCCAAGGUCCUACUUUUGGUAUUAAGGGAGGUGCUGCAGGUGGCGGUUACAGUCAGGUCAUCCCUAUGGAUGAGUUCAAUAUGCAUCUGACAGGUGAUAUCCAUGCCGUUACUGCGGCGAACAAUCUUCUAGCUGCUGCUAUUGAAACUCGCAUAUUUCAUGAGAACACCCAGAAGGAUGGACCUUUGUACAGAAGAUUGGUGCCUCCAAAGAACGGAAAGAGGGUUUUCGCACCAGUCAUGUUCCGCCGACUCAAGAAAUUGGGAAUCGACAAGACGAACCCGGACGAGCUCACGGAAGACGAAAUCCGCCGGUUUGCUCGUCUAGAUAUUGAUCCUGACACUAUCACCUGGAGACGUGUCUUAGAUGUGAAUGAUCGUCAUCUACGAGGAAUCACCGUUGGUCAGGCUCCAACCGAAAAGGGCCAGACAAGAGAAACUGGGUUCGACAUCUCGGUUGCAAGUGAGGUUAUGGCCAUUCUUGCCAUGAGCACCAGCUUGGCUGAUAUGCGAGAACGACUUGGCAGGAUGGUUGUGGCUACCUCACGAUCUGGGGAGCCCGUUACAUGUGAUGACCUCGGAGCUGGUGGUGCUCUGACCGCUCUUAUGAAGGAUGCCAUUAAGCCUAACUUGAUGCAGAGUUUAGAGGGGACGCCCGUGUUCGUGCAUGCCGGGCCUUUCGCCAAUAUCAGCAUUGGAAACAGCUCUAUCCUUGCGGAUAAGAUGGCUCUAAAACUUGCUGGCACUGAACUAGAUGAGGACUACAGUACCAAGGCCGGUUUCGUCGUCACCGAGGCUGGUUUCGAUUUUACAAUGGGCGGCGAGAGAUUCUUCAACAUUAAGUGCCGUGCGUCAGGUCUUGCGCCCGAUGUUGUAGUUAUUGUUGCCACAGUCCGUGCUCUCAAGGUCCACGGUGGUGGUCCUCCAAUUGCCCCUGGUGCUGCUUUAGACCCCGUUUACAAGACGGAAAACGUUGAGAUCCUACGCAAUGGGUGCGUAAACCUCAAGAAGCACAUUCAAAACGCAAGGGCUUAUGGAUGUCCCGUUGUUGUGGCGGUCAAUAAGUUUUCCACGGACACUGACGCCGAAAUCGCUGUCAUUCGGGAAGAAGCCGUCGCUGCUGGUGCGGAGGACGCCAUAUUGGCGAACCACUGGGCCGAAGGUGGUAAGGGUGCCGUUGAUCUUGCAAAGGGUGUCAUUGCUGCUUCUGAGAAGCCUAAGGACUUCAAGCUCCUAUAUGAAGUUGAAGGUGGGUCUGUUCAAGAACGCAUGGAGGCUAUCUGCAAGAAGAUGUACGGCGCUGCAGCAGUUGAAUUCAGUGAACUCGCACAACGAAAAGUCGACACCUACACGAAACAGGGCUUCAGUAAUCUACCUAUCUGCAUUGCUAAGACGCAAUACUCCUUGUCACAUGACCCAGAUUUGAAGGGUGCCCCCACGGGCUUCACUGUCCCCAUCCGUGAUGUUAGGAUGGCGGCCGGUGCAGGAUAUCUGUAUGCUCUCGCUGCUGACAUCCAGACCAUUCCUGGACUGCCCACUGCUCCGGGAUACUUGAACGUCGAUGUUGAUACCGAAACUGGCGAGAUUCAAGGCCUUUUUUAAACAAUAAUUCAUCAACCGUAUGAUCAAUGCAUUUCACAUUUUGGUUGCUGCCAAAUACAUAUAUGUAUAUCCACAAGGCGCUCGGGGGUGUUCGGGCUGGGUGGAGAUUUAGACUCAACUUCAUAGCAUCAAGGGGGAAGGAAACAAUGCAUAGCUUCUCUGAUUCAACUAUAGAGGAGCAGGGAGUACAAAAUCGGUAAAGGAUCAUCUUCAACCAUCUUCUACGAUAUGUUUCACAAAUAAGGUAGAUGGGCAUUGUUUUUUUUUUCAACAUGAUACCUUCAACAGCAACGCGGUAUAAUAGAAAGCUAUAUAGGAUAUAUAUCAAUGAUUUAAUAUACUAUAUCGUAUUAACCGG